AUGAGUCCAUGUUUUAUGGGUUACCUGGGUAACUGCAUGCUGUAUCAGUGAAUCACAGCACAGAAAACACCUGUGGGACAAAAUGAACGGCUACAAGAACAGAACACUGAAAAGGAGAGCAGAAUUUUAAAUCAUGCUAAACCUUUUAUCCAGAGGGGUGACUGUGAAACUGGACACAGGACAGUUAUAAUAUUUCAACCUUACAGAGACACGAUGGAAGCAGAGGAUUAUUACUGGUCUAAACUAAACUGAACUAGGGAAUAAACACUGUGUUUACCAGCAGUAAUCAGUGUAGAAAUGGAAAGCAUCAGCAUCUACUCUUUUGUUCCAUGAUCUUACUGAAAAGUGCUGCAGCUCUGUCAGUCCUGUUGCUAUGACAACCCUAUAACACCUGUAAACACCUGUACCUGCUGAGAGACAUGCAGCAUAAUGUUCUGAAGAAUGGGGAACUAGUGGUAGAACCACUGCAAACCCGAUCAGCUGAGUCUGACAUGAUCAGAAGGUAAAGUUGUUCUCCAUAGACGUGCUGCUGUAGUGAGUCCCGGUAGAUCCCUGUCUCAGCAGUAGGAUGGUAGAACACUUUAAACUACUCUAAAUGUUUCUGAUAAGUGUUUGAUCUGAGCUAAAAAUACCAGUCAGGGAGCCAUGAGACCUAAAAGAGGACAGUUUAAAAAACCAUCACAUGGAGCUCAUGGAGCUGAAUAACGGUGAAGGUAAAAAUGUUGUCUUGUAGUUACAGAUCUAUCUCAGAAUGGGUAGAAGAACCCCAUGUAGAUCCACAGAUGGUAGAACAGCAGCAAAAACACUAGUAGAGAGAAGAUCUCCAGGUUUCCAGAGAAAUGAUCCAGUAGAACACAUUUAUAAAUGAGGACAUAACCGAGCUAGAACCAUGUCUGAACAUAGACAUAAAGCCGCUGUGUGUUCCAUCCACAGUCAGCUGGACCGGUGGAACAGCAACAACGGAACAUUGGAGUCCAAACUGAGGAAACGUGUGGAAGAACCAGGACAGAGCUGACCGUGAGCUCUACAGAGAGAACCUUUGACAGUUCUGUUCUAUUUGAAACCAGCUCUGAGGUCUGGCUGGUUCUGGACCGGUUCUGACCCAUCAGUCCUGCUGCAGAACCUCCUGGUGGUGAGUCGGUUCUUCUCCUGCUGGGUUCUGUUUUUGUACCUUUACCUCUGGUUCUGGUCGGCCGUCCUGGUGACCAGAACCGAAUGGAAGGGAGGUUCUGACCUCCAGCCUCAGAGACAGACCAGCUGAAGGUCCAGCUGGAGGAGAACAUCUGGAACAUCCCUCUGUCUGCAAGGCCGAGCCCAGAACCCCCACAGAGAACCCUGGACCAGGACCCAGCUGGCACCGCUCACAUCACACUGACCCGUUCCAGACUGUUCCAGGCCUUUCCAGGCCAUUCUGGACAGUUCCAGACCCAUUCCAGACCCGUUCCAUGCAUUUCCAGGCCGUUCCAGGCCGGUCAGCACAGGUCUAAGCCUGCCUCUAUUCCUGGCUGCAGACCAGCUGGGAUCUGUGAUCUCUGAGGAUGGAACUAAUCCAGAUCAGGAUUAACAGAUCAGCACAGAACCCACAGCACGCUGGAACCACAGCACUGGAACCUGUAGGGAACCUCAGAACCACCAGAACCACAGCACUGGAACCUGUAGAGAACCUCAGAACCAACAGAACCACAGCACUGGAACCUGUAGAGAACCUCAGAACCACCAGAACUGAUCCGACCAGGUUCUUCUGACCUGAUGGAUCAAGUACCCACUGGUUCCUGGUCCACAUGUGGAGGUCUGGCCACUAUGACAGGAACCUGUCUGGUUCUUCAUGUUCUCCGGAUCAGAACAUCCUGUAUAGCAACAAUAAUAAGCUGAGGACCAGGACCAGUUACUGGUUCUGGUUCUGGACUGACGUUCUGAGUUUCUGUUUGUUCAGUAGAACAUCAGACAGGUUCUUGGUCUGAUAUGGAUCCGAUAAGGUUCUGAUGCAUAACAUAGUUUAUCAGACUGUCUCUGAUCUAUAAUCUGAUUAUUAUUAAUAUAUAAGUAGAUUCAUUAAUCAGAUUAUUGGUUAAAGAUGAUCAGCUGAUGGAGGGUUCUAAGGAGAUCACAGCAUUCCUGUUAGUGAUAAAGGAUCUACAUGUAUGUGAACGACUUCCAGUUGUACGUCUGUGGGAGUCGUCCCAAUACUUCUGAACACACAGAGAGAGUUUUAAUUCAACAGGGGCAGUAAGUGAAGUAUGUGGAACCUCAUCUGACUGGUUCCAGACAGAGAACCAGCUGACGUUCUCCAUCAUCGGCUGUGACAUCAGAGGGAGGUGGAUGACAUCAUGUCCUGGUGUGUGGUCCUGCAGCAGGAAGUGAUGUCAGAGCAGCAGCUGGAGAACCACAGCCUCGGCGUGCUGCUGGGAGAACAGAUGUUCUCCAUCACGGUUCCAUGCUCCACAUGUGUGAGGUUCUCCUGCAGAACGUUUGAAGUUACUACAGAACUCAGCUGCACGUGUGCUGACGAAGACCAGAGGGUGGGCUCACAUUACACCGAUUUUAAAAUCGCUGCAUUGGCUCCCCGUGUGCUUCAGGAUCGAUUUUAAGGAUGCAGCUUCCCUGGUUGCUAGGGGCGUGUCUGUGGUUGCUAUGCAUUAGCCAGGUGAGGACAGCGACCUUCAAGCUGGCCCUGAUUGGCCCCUGGUCAUGUGACCCACUGUUCUCCAGGGCGAUGCCCACGGCGGCGGCCAACCUGGCGUUGUCACGGUUACAGAGCGACAGCAGCCUGAGCCGAGGAUUCUGGUACGACGUCAACCUGCUGGAGGAGGACUGCUCCGCCUCCAAAGCGCUGACAGAACUCGGGGAAAUGGAGGGUUAUGGCCACGCCUACAUCGGCCCCUUUAACCCCGCCCUCUGCCACGCUGCCUCUCUAUUGGCCGAACACUGGGAGGCGGGGCUUGCCUCUCCCGGCUGUCUGGAUGUUGAUUGGGCGAACCUGCCGCCCAUCACUCCUCCCAGCAGAGUGCUGUUCACCGUCCUCAGGUUCUUCCGCUGGGCGCACGUGGCCGUCAUCUCAGCUCCGACUGACCUAUGGGUGGGCACCGGACAGGAAGUGGCGUCGGCACUGCGGGCUAUGGGGCUGCAGAUUGGUCCGGUGGUUGCCAUGGAAACACGACAGAGGGGCGGAGCUAGGGAGGCGUUGAAGGAGAUCCAAGAGUUCGACGGGGUGAAAGUGGUCAUCAUGUGCAUGAGCUCCGUCCUGAUUGGUGGAGAGGAUCAGAGAGAGCUGCUAUUGGCUGCUCUGGACAUGGGGAUGGUUUCCGACGGUUACGUGUUCAUUCCGUACGACGCGCUGCUCUACGCGAUGCCCUACCAGGACACAGUAUUCCACCAGCUGACCAACAGCACGAAGCUCCGUCACGCCUACAGCUCCGUCCUGACCGUCACCAUGGCGUCCGACCACAGUUUCUACGAAGCCUUCCGUCGGGCUCAGAUCAGCCGAGAGAUUCGCUCAGCAGUGUCUGCUAAGGAGGUGUCUCCAAUGUUCGGGACUAUCUUCAACAUGGUGUACUUCGUUGCUAAGGCCGUGGAGGAGCGUCGCCAGGCAGGGGGCGGGCACUGGGUGACAGGCGAACAGCUCGUCCAAUCAGACGGAGGCUUUGAUUUCCAGGGCUUCAAUCAGGUGCUGUAUGGAGGUAAAGGGGGGCGUGGCCUGCAGUCCAGGUACGUCGUGCUGGACUGUGACGGCGACCGACUCGUACCGACUCACGCUCUGGCUCCGACUAUCACCGACGGGAGGAUCGGAAACCUGCGGCCGCUCAGCCGAUCCUUCAUCUUCCCCGGAGGACAACCCCCCUCAGCCAGGUUCUGUUGGUUCGAUCCGGACCAGGCCUGCAGCGGCGGUAUGAACACCAUGGUGAUGGUCGCCGUCGUCCUGCUGCUCUGCGCUCUGAUUGGAGCAUUCCUCUACUGGUUCAGGAAGUACAGGAGGACAGUGAACGUCACCAAACUGAUCCUGACUCUGGACGACAUCGUCUUCAUCGACACGCAAGUCAGCAGGAAGAAACUGAACGACGAGUCAAUCAUGAGGAGUCUUCUGGAAAUUAAAACUCCGUUCCGUUCCAUCGCUAGAAGUUACAUCCUGACUACACCCGAGAGCUCCAACAUAGGCAUCCUGGAGGGCGACUGGGUGUGGCUGAAGAAGAUUCCCGUCACAAAGACGAUAACAGCAGCGAAUCCAGGGACCCAGAACCUGUUCAGCCAGCUGCGGGAGAUGCGUCAUGAGAACCUGAACCUGUACCUGGGUCUGUUUGUGGACUCGGGCAUCUUUGCUUUGGUGGUUGAACAUUGUCCUCGAGGAAGUCUGGCAGAUCUUCUGGCUGACAGCAGCAUGAGGCUGGACUGGAUGUUCAAGUCCUCCCUGCUGAUGGACCUCAUCAAGGGGAUGAAGUACCUUCAUCUGAGAGGUUUGAGUCAUGGUCGGCUGAAGUCCACAAACUGUUUGGUCGACGGACGUUUUGUCCUCAAGAUCACAGACUACGGACUCCCCAUGAUUGUCCACUCUCAGAACAUCGUCCUACCUGAAGAUCCACAAGAGCUCCUGUGGACAGCUCCAGAGCUGCUGAGGUCUCCAGUUCGAGGAGGUUCUUUUCCUGGAGACGUCUUCAGUUUCUCCAUCAUCAUCCAGGAAGUGAUCUCACGAACACUGCCCUACGCCAUGAUGGACAUGCCGGCCCACGAGAUCGUGGAGCGUCUGAAGCAGCCUCCUCCUCUGUGCCGGCCGAUAGUUUCGGUGGAUGAAGCUCCUGCUGAGUGUCUCGCUCUGAUGAACGAAUGUUGGAACGAGGAUCCGGUCAAAAGGCCGAACUUCGACGACGUCUUCAAACAGUUCCGUGGCAUUAACCGAGGGAAGAGGGCGAACAUCAUCGACUCCAUGCUGCGGAUGUUGGAGCAGUACAGCUCCAACCUGGAGGACCUGAUCAGAGAAAGAACCGAUGAGCUGGAGGUGGAGAGGAACAAGACAGAGAAGCUGGUUGGACAGCUGCUGCCAAAGUCUGUGGCUCAGGCUCUGAAGAAAGGCAAACCGGUCCGACCUGAACACUACUCUGACUGCACGCUGUACUUCAGCGACAUCGUUGGCUUCACCACCAUCUCAGCCCUCAGUGAACCUAUCGAGGUGGUGGAUCUACUCAACGACCUCUACACCAUGUUCGACGCCAUCAUUGCCACCCACGACGUCUACAAGGUGGAGACCAUCGGAGACGCCUACAUGGUGGCUUCAGGAAUUCCAAACAGGAACGGAAACCGACACGCAGGCGAAGUGUCCAACAUGUCGCUGGACAUCCUACACUCCAUCGGAAACUUCAAGAUCAAACACAUGCCGGACGUCAAGGUGAAGAUCCGCAUCGGCCUGCAUUCAGGUGCAGUGGUUGCAGGUGUAGUCGGCCUCACCAUGCCCAGGUACUGUCUGUUUGGAGACACGGUGACCACGGCGUCCCUCAUGGAGUCAUCUGGACUACCCUACAGGAUCCACAUCAGUCUGAGUACAGUAAAAGUCCUGACCAGCCUCAAACUGGGAUAUCACAUCGACACCAGGAAGGCUCAGGUGAAGGGCACUGAGGACACGUACUGGCUGAUGGGCCGGGAUGGUUUUGAUAAACCUCUACCGGUUCCUCCAGACAUCCUCGGAGGGGCCAGUAAUCAUGGUAUCAGUCUGGAUGAGAUUCCAGUUGAGAGACGACAAAAGUUUCUGGACCGACAGAAGAAGAUCAAGAAAUGAUGCCAACACACAAUAACAGACAAUAACACAAUAACACACAAUAACACACACAAACAUACACACUAUAACACACAAUAACACACAACAACACACAAACACACUAUAACACACAAUAACAUACAGUAACACACUAUAACACACAAUGACACAUAAUAAUACACAAUAACACAACCACACACAGAGUAACACACACAGACUCUGACUCAUGUAAAUAUCCACACGUAUGACAUCACACAUGCUACACGCUACCUCGAGGACUGAGCUUUCAGGGACUAUGUGAAGCGACUCCUACCUUCUCGUACCGGUGGCUGUGAUUGGUCGCCUCCCUUCCUGUCAUGUCUUCAUCCAAUCGAUCGAUUCUGUGCCUCUGAGUCUGUAACACGAUUCGUUGAUCAGUAGUGACAUGUAGCACUGUUCUACGUUCUCAGUGUUCUAGUUAGUGGACCUGUGCAGUGCAUGCUGGGAACUGUGCUGUGAAUAAAGGCUCUCCAUCCACUGUCCCAGAAACGUUCUGACAGAGUUCUGCAGCGUUCCGCGGAUGUUCUCAGCUCCCAGGAUCUUCUUCUUAAAGGUUGGAUGCCGUAGAUGUCCUACAGAUGUUUGGUGACGACAUUGUUAGAACGUUUCUCCUAUAUAUUAUCAUGUAACCUUGUGGAACAUGACAGGAACAUUUCAUAGAGGAGCGUUUUAUGAACAGAAAGGCAACAUGUUCCACCUCUAAUAAUGUUAUAAAAUGUUCUGUAUUAAAACAUUCUGUAUCAAAACAUUCUGCAUUAAAACAUUCUGUAUCAAAAUGUUCUGGAUCAAAACGUUCUGUAUCGAAAUGUUCUGCAUCAAAACGUUCUGCAUCACAACGUUCUGUAUUAAAACGUUCUGUAUUAAAACGUUCUGCAUUAAAACGUUCUGUAUCAAAACUUUCUGUAUCAAAACGUUCUGUAUCAAAACGUUCUGUAUCAAAACGUUCUGCAUUAAAAUGUUCUGCAUCAAAACGUUCUGUAUCAAAACGUUCUGUAUCAAAACGUUCUGCAUUAAAAUGUUCUGCAUCAAAACGUUCUGUAUCAAAACGUUCUGUAUCAAAACGUUCUGCAUCAAAACAUUCUGCAUCAAAACG